AUGGCCCUCCAGUUUGGUAUUUUCCGACAUUUUUGGCUCCAGAUCUUGGCUACCGUUGGGCUGGGCUGCUUUCUUGUCUUCUUGUAUCACGAUUUUAUCCGCAAUGUUGGCAUUUCACGCGAUCCCUUGGCUGCGCCCCUUGACGUGCCCACCGCCUCUCCACCGCAGCCACCAGCCAAUGCAGUGCGACAAUCGUGCGUGGGACCGCGUGGAAAGCCAGUUCAAGAGAAUCUCGACGACAGAGUUUGGGCAAGUUUGCUAGACUUGCCUUUCCCCGAUCCAGUGGGCGGCUCCUUUGCAGCAUUGGACCUACCGAUUACCUUCAACACCCCCGAAUCGAGAUACGGUGCGUAUGGUUAUGGCGAAGAGUCGGAGAAUUACGAGCGAACUCGUGUCGAGUGGAGCUCGGUAAAAUGGGCAGAUCUGCAAAACGAUUGUCUUGCUUCAAAUCUGGAUCGAUUCCGCAAUGCCCAAAAUAUUUCCAUGACGAGACGGUUUCGCUUGCCCGCAAAGAAAAAAGCUGGCGUUGGAAAGUUGAAGGCAAGGACACAUUCUACGGGCCGGACGGCAGUUGUGCUUCGUAGUUGGGAGGGCUACAACUACACCUCACUUGACCUGUACCAUCUGCGGUCUCUGAUUGUCGAGGCUGGGCUGGAUUGGAAUGCAGACAACGCUGUUUUUCUCUUGGUGGAUGUUAAGGACGACAAUGGAACGAGACCGAUCUUUCGUGAUCCGCAACUUUAUGAGACGGCUUUACAGGAUUUGGUGCCUGCCGAAUUUCGAGACAUUGCCGUCCUCUUCAACCUCGAGUUGCUCAAAUCAUGGUAUCCUCGAAUCCCUGAACAUUCGGCUUUCUUCCAAGUCUACCAGCCUCUGCAAUUGUUUGCACAGCUGUUUCCUGGCUUCGACCACUAUUGGCAGCUUGAGAUGGACAUGAAAUUCACGGGCAACUCCGGCCAGUGGUUGGACGCAAUGGCAAGGUUUGCAAGGAACGAACCGCGUAAACAGUCUAUUGAACGGUCUUCAUAUUAUUACAUGUCGCAGGUCCAUGGGUCUUAUGGAGAGUUCAAAGCAGCCAUCAACGAGAGCUUGGGAGGUGGUGGUAUCUGGGGACCUAUCCGUGUUCCUGAUAUUGAACAUCCCAUUGGACCCCAGCCGCCCGUUGCCGAUCCCCGUGAGGAUGACUUCAACUGGGGUGUCGGGGAAGAUGCCGACCUAAUUCUCACGAACGCUUUGGCGGAUGUGAGAACGACGAAAUACUGGCCGUUCAAGGGCUGGAUUCACGGGUUCCAAAAGGAAGAAGACACCCCACGAUUCUACAGUCCAGUGGCCAUGGGAAGAUACUCGUGGAAUCUGCUCAAUGCCAUGCAUCACGCUCAGGUCCACCAGGGUUUGUCUCUGUCUUCGGAAGCCACUGCCGUGUCCUUUGCACUGUACCACGGCCUGAAAGUCAUCUUCCCACCUCAUCCGUGGUACCACCAUCCCCAGGCGCCCCGCGAAGUGAGUGUCCAGGAAUUGGAACAACUGUUCAACGGCGGUUCGCCUUCCGAUAAUGCUCGGGAGAACAACGGUCUUUCGUUCGGCAAGGCAAUGUACGAUCCCAACGGCGCAUACGAGCUUUUCAAUGGCGGGACGUGGUGGUGGGUGCCUGGCUACCCAGGAAGGACAUUCAAACAAUGGAUGAAUCAUGAUACAACGAAUAUAGCCUCGAUGCUACGAGAAGAUGAGGGCCAAAUCUGGGCGCCUCUGAUGGCUCUACAUCCUGUGAAAUCGGGAGCUAACGCAUAG